GAUAAAAAAAGAAAAGGAAGAAAGACAGUGAGGGUGGGAGGGAGAGCGAGAAUUAAAAAAAAAAUAGAAAGAUGUCACCCUUUCGAUUGAAACGGCGAGGCGGAGCCACGGAUCACGCCCGACGAGGAGGUCUCUAGUUGGGGGACAAGGUUUACGCAAUACCGAGGCUUUGGAUCCAUCGUCUCGGCCUUUUGGAGCUAUCGCAAUAAAAGACUGGUUUCCCCAACGCUGCUGAUGAGCAUGAUUACAUUUUAAUUGCAUAAUUUAAUCGUUUUUCCAUUGUCAUCUUAUUUUGCAUGCAUCACGUGAUCUUUGUUCAGAAUAGGUUUAUAUUAAGACACCGAUAUAACCGACUGUAGACAUCACAUUAAGAACAGAAAGUAGAAGACAUUCCAAUCAGAUUCAUCUGGUUUUACUAACACGUCCCCCUAGAACCACAUAGGACCGAGGUACUAAGGUCCUGCGGUCCUUAGCCUCUACCUCCAUGUUCUCUCAUCCGUCUGCGCUCCCUCACCGACACUGAUUGGUUUAUCGACCCGCCCGGACACACCUGCCAUGGAUACCUCCUGGAGUAACUUCCUGUUCCAGACGCCUGCCGCUCAGAGCCAAUCAGAAGCAGACAUGCUGCCCGAGCUCAGUGGCUCCAACCCCAGUCCCCAUGACGACCACCUGGCCCCGCCCCCCUCCACGGUGGACACGGCGGCCCUCAGCGAGGACCCCCCCGCAGUCAAGCCUCUCUCCAAGGUCGGCCGCCCGGCCCACAUCUGUGCGACCUGCAGCAAGCAGUUCAAGAACAGCUACAACCUGCGGCGACACCAGUCCGUCCACACGGGCGUCCGCAUGAAGGACCGCGCCGCCCGGGAGAAGGGGGCGGUGCCGCUGUCCCUGCUCCACCUCACCCUGCCCCCCCCCCCCGCCCCAGAGCCCCUCCCGUCGCGCUCCAACCAGCAGGCGCAACCCCUCGCCGUGUCCGUCGCCCCGGCAACCGUAACCAUGGCAGCACCGCCUCAACCCAUCCAGGCCGCCCUGGUGGUGGUGGGAGCCUUGGAACAGAUUUCCCCGGGUCCCCCUCGCAGCGUGACCGCGGUGGCCAGCCAGGUGAGGAAGAACCACGCUUGCGAGGCGUGCGGGAAGGCCUUCCGUGACGUGUACCACCUGAACCGCCACCGCCUCUCCCACUCGGACGAGAAGCCGUACUCCUGCCCCGUGUGCCAGCAGCGCUUCAAGAGGAAGGACCGCAUGUCCUACCACGUCCGCUCACACCAGGGGGGCGUGGAGAAGCCUUACAUCUGCCCCCACUGCGCCAAGGCCUUCUCCAGACCCGACCACCUCAACAGCCACGUCAGACAAGUUCACUCCACGGAGAGACCCUUCAAGUGCACAACGUGCUCCUCUGCGUUCGCGACCCGCGACCGGCUGCGCGCUCACCUGAUCCGCCACGAGGAGAAGGUCCCCUGCCACAUCUGUGGGAAGCUGCUGUCCGCCGCCUACAUCACCGACCACAUGAGGGUCCACAACCAAUCGCAGCACCACGCCUGCCACCUCUGCAAUCGCAGCUUCACCACCCUCACCUACCUGCGGGUCCACGCCCAGAAGCACCACGGCCAGGAGUGGAAGGAGAGCGGGGGGGUCCGGGGGGGGGCCGUCCUGCUCUGCCAGCUGUGCGGGGUCCAGUGCAAGACGGCCACGCAGCUCCAGGGUCACAUGGGCACCCACGCCGCCCCGCCCCCCACCACCUCCUCCCCCUCCUCCAGCACCGGAGGCGGGGCCAUGGGGGGCGGGGCCGGCAUGUCGGUCGCGGUAACCAGCGGCAACAGCGUGGCCCUGCUGGUCAGCGACUGCUCCUCCAUCAACACCUCCAGCAUCAACACCUCCUCCAUCAACACCUCCAGCAUCAACACCUCCUCCACCCACAGCUAGCGGCGCCGAAGG